AUUAUUUCCAAAAAUACUUGUAGAAAUUAUCCGUUUUCCUUCCCAAAUUUAGUUGGUAGUUUAGUAAAGUAUCAUUUUCUGGGUUGGCAAAAUCUAAGGAAGAACAAACUCAAUUGGAGUAGUUUAAACAAAAUUAGUAGUGGGUUGUCCGGUCUCUGUCUCAUUCAUGUACUCAUGUGCAGCUCCCACCCUUCUUCCUCGAAUCUUCUCUUUCUCUCUCUUCCCCAAACAUUGCCAAUCCAAAUCCUUCAAAUUACUUACUCUUUAUUUCUGCAUUAUUUGAUGCCUCGAGAUCGUUCUUCAGCUUCUAACUGUUGUGCUUUGGAUUUGAAUUUGAUGCCUUGAAACCCAAAAGAUCUUCUACCUAUAAUUAUUAGUUUGUUGAUUCAGCUUGAAUUUUGGAUUAGUGGGUACAUGUGGCGUUUGAAGUUUAGAAUCAAUUUUGACUUGAAAGACGAUGAUGAAGGAAUGAAUCUGCGCCGAAUUCGUGCCAAUUUUCUUAGUUAUAGAAGAUUGGGGAUUCGGGAUCAAGGGUUUUGUGGGUUUGGAUAAUGUGUAUUUUGAGGAGUGUUUUGGUGUACUUUUAAAUUUAAGACCAUGAAAAUUUUCAGUAGUGGUUCAGCAUUUAGUAGGAGUGUUUCUUCUAAUAGGAAGAAUGCUGCUCCCGUUGGCAGUCCAAAAGAGUUUCUCCAUAAAGACAAUUUAGACAACUCCAAUGGAAUUCGUCGAGAUAGUUUGAUCUCUCGGAAAUUGUGUAUUCUCGUCAUUAUUGGACCGCUAAUUACUUUCUACAUUGGUAUAUCUUGUGGGUAUCUUUAUGUUUUCCCUAGUCUCGGGCUGGGAUAUCAUGAGCAGGCUGCUUCCUCGAGGAUAUUUGAUGUCGUUGAUGGGAGUUGGGUAUCGGACUAUAGCUAUCCUUUGUAUAAUUCUUCUGAAUGUCCUUUUGUUGAACAAGGUUUCAAUUGCUUGGGUAAUGGGAGAAAGGAUAAAGAUUACCUUAGAUGGAGAUGGAAGCCCAAAGAUUAUGACAUUCCAAAAUUUAACGCAUCUAACGUAUUGGAAAGGCUUCGUGGUAAAAGAAUUGUUUUUGUAGGGGACUCUAUGAGUAGGACACAAUGGGAGUCUUUUAUAUGCCUGCUUAUGGUAGGAGUAGAGGAUAAGACGAGUGUUUAUGAAGUGAAGGGGAGGAACAUAACGAAAAUCAUAAGACACUUGGUUGUUCGCUUUCGCUCUUUUAACUUAUCUGUGGAGUUCUACCGGUCCGUUUUCUUAGUCCAGCCAGGUAUUGCACCGAAGCAUUCUCCAAAGAGAGUGAAGUCAACACUCAAGCUUGACAAAUUGGAUGACAUUAGUAAGGAAUGGAUUGAUUCAGAUGCAAUAAUAUUCAACUCGGGACAUUGGUGGAUACCAUCAAAAUUAUAUGAAACGGGUUGCUAUUUUCAGUUAGGUGGUUCACUGAAGCUUGGAAUGUCAAUACCUUCAGCCUACAAAAUAGCUAUGUCCACCUGGGCUUCAUGGGUGAAAACUUCAGUUAAUUCAACAAGAACGCGUGUCUUCUUUCGUACUUUUGAACCAUCUCACUGGAGUAAUGAGUCUACCGCACAUUGUACUGUGAUGCAAUUUCCAGAACCAGAUUAUGAUUAUAAGCAGCAGAGCCCAUUCUCGGAUAUGGUAACUGAUAUAGUGAAGAAGAUGAGAAUUCCUGCCACUAUGUUGAGGAUCACUUCCAUGUCAGCUUCUAGGGGAGAUGCACAUGUAGGCAACUGGAGUGACCGUAAAUCUUUUGCUGACUGUAGCCACUGGUGUCUCCCUGGAGUACCUGACUUUUGGAAUGAAAUUCUGUUGUCUUCCCUUCUCUCCCACAAGACCGGCUGAAAUGAGGCAGUUCAAGUUGGAUUCUUCGACUUCCAUUCUCCAUUAUACAUUAUUUGUCCUCUUUUUGAUAGGACAUAUACAGCUUGGAGAAUUGCGGCAUGUUGUAUCAGUACAGAGAUUUUGUGUCAAAGAGCCUCUCCUACAGGCUACAGUCUUUUUCGUUCAUGAAUUUUGUCAUUGCGUGUAUGAUGAAGAUCUGUAAGGAAAGCCAUUGGAGUUUUAAAGUUUGUAUUCUUUUAUUAACAUUUUGAUCAAGUGUUGUAUGUAGAAAAUAUGAAUAUUUGUUCAUUUGUUCAUUAAAGAAGAAUAAAUAAGUUGCAAAGUGUA